GAGCGUAUACGCUCGACGUCCACUAGUCCCAAGGCUUACUUUAUCAAAAGUUGGUUGAUACAGCACCUUUCACUUACUGGCCGCGGAUGUCAAUUCAAGUUUGGCUGCGUUUCAGAAAGUGCGUUUAAGCACCCACCACCAAGAGUUUACACUUUAUGCUCUGCGGCCGCAACAUGACUUGCUGAGUUGUGAUAUUAAAUUCUAAUAUUCCAUCCAGAGUAAUUGAAAUGGGUAGUAGAUCCAUUCCCAUAAUGGAACGGCCGUCUGUCAAAGUAGGUCUAUCAUCGUGUCUAUCUGCGAUUUACCACGGACCAGUGCAAUAGUGUGAAAUUUCUGCCGCAAUAUUAACCUUGCAGAAAGCCUAGUAGUCAUCAGCAGAAUAUCCACCAUGUCCAUCCUAGAUCUCAAUACUGCCGUCGUCGCUGUCGUGCUUCUUGGUCUGACUGUCUGGCUCAGACGCCGAAAUACUUCACCUAACGCUGUUAUAAGACCUCCAUAUGCUUUCUCUUUAAUACCAUGGGUAGGAAAUGCUCUUGACUACAAGAACAGGCCAGCAACAUGGACACGCGAGGUUGAGAGUAAACUUGGACCUGUAUAUCAAUCCACUGUCCUGGGUAAACCAGUCAUAUUCUGUCUAUCCCGCACAUUAAUAUCUCAGAUAUUCAAGAACUAUCGCGAUUUCUCAUUUACUCCCAUCAAAACUGAUGCUCACCACCGUGUUUUCGGUGUUACUUUGGAUGCUCUGUCUGACGAAGAAGGUCAAAAGACCAUGUUUGCAGAGCUUUACCGUGUCUUGUCAAAGAAGGCUUUCGGACCCAUGGUUGGUCAAAUUUCGGCCAAUAUGGAAGCUCGGUUUUCUGCUAUUAUAGGGAACAUGACUCCAAAUGAGCGAAGGGACGGCAAACUCUUUAAUUUAAUGAGCCUCAUUCCCCCUCUAUUCUAUGCAGCAAGUGCUCAAGGCAUGUUUGGCGACACCUUCCCAGCUGAUGACAUAUUCAAGUCCAACACCGACUUCGAGGAUCAAUUUGGACUGAUGUAUACUGGGCUUCCUUUCCCUUGGCUGGUCAAGAGAGGGAUUACUGGGCGAGACUACUGCAUUGCUCGCGUGAAGGCUUCCUUGGCUCAAUAUGAAAGUGGAGAAGUUCAAGCACCUUACUUUAUACAAGUGAUGCUUGACUUGAGACAUACUCUCGGCUGGACAUCACAAGACCUUGCUGCUUAUCUGCAUUCUUACUUGUUCGCACUUACUUCAAACACGAUAUAUGCCGCGUAUUGGCUUGUGGUAUACACAUACACGCACCCAGAGGUUGUAGCUGAGAUUCAGGCAGAAGUGGACCGAGCCGAAGCGGCCUUUUUGAAGGAAAACCCCAAAGAAACACCUACCGAUCUUUUCGCCAAUCUAGGAUUCCUCGACGACAACUUCCCUCUACUGAACUCCAUUAUCAAUGAAUCGUUGCGUCUUUGCAGUAAUGGCACAUCUGUUCGAGAAGUUAUGGCGGAUAUUGUGAUGGAUGUUCCAUCCAAUUCACAUGGUCCAUCUGAAUCACGCGCGAUGCUCUUUAAGAAAGGCGAUACCAUUUAUAUGCCUAAUCGUUAUCAUCAUUGGAAUCCUGAAGAAUUCGAAGAUGCUGAAUCAUUCGUGGCAACGCGAUUCAUGCCAGGCCAGAAACGUCAACCUGGUUUCUUCAUGCCAUUUGGUGGAGGCAUCUCCGUCUGUAGCGGACGUCAUCUUGCCUCUGCGGAACUCAAGGCCCUUAUGAUCAUCCUCACGCGGUGGUAUAAUGUCAAGUACGAGUGUCUUGUGGAUCGAAAUGGCGAGAAAGUGAAGGAUGCAAAACCGUUGGCAAUCCCUCCAUUUGACCUGGGAUCAGGUUCCGCCAUCCUCCAUCCUGAAGGAGACGUAGUCGUGCGCCUAAGGGCUCGUUCCAAAUAGAUUGUUAUUGUUAUAUAUUAACUCAUGUAUUUUGGGCUUAUUCAAAUUAUUGCGAUCCAUUGUAUGGUGUCGCGCACAUUCUCGCAAGUCCCGACUUUCACCGCAGUGUAUUCCGUUGUAGCAUUACUUUACAUAUCACACUCUUUAGCCUCU